CAGCGCUGCGAAGCCGAGGCCGCGCGGAAUCAUUAGAGACCUGUCGCCGCCUGCGCCUUUGCUGCUGCAGCCAUCUCUUUUAUCCCUUGCCUACCUUUCGCGUCGUCGUCUUUAUCGCCGUUCCGCAGCCGCAGCACCAUCGAUAAAAGCUAAGUGGUCAAUUCAGGGAUUUGGGGUUGGGAGUCCGGGCGGGCGCAAGGCGCGGGCAGCACACGCGAGCCCGCCAUCUCCUGCGGCAACCGCCACUGCUUGCAGACAGCCCGCCCGAGAGGGAGAGGAGAACACUGUCAAGAGGUCCACGCUGUCCCAGUGCCUACCGUCAGAGUUAGAACGCUUCUGGCAAGCCUUGGUGAGCGCCUUGCGCCUGUGGAAGGGAGGACGGACGGGGACUCAGAUCACGAUAAAAGAUCUUACUGGAUAGUAUUGACUUUUUGUCAGCUUAAUCGAGCAAGUCUCAACUUUGCCAGAGCCUCGUUAAAAACCCCGAGCCAUGUCGCCCCCAACUGUGCCUCCGAUGGGCGUAGAUGGCGUGUCCGCAUACCUGAUGAAGAAAAGACACACCCACAGGAAGCAGAGGCGCAAGCCUACUUUCCUCACCCGUAGGAAUAUAGUGGGCUGCCGCAUUCAACACGGCUGGAAGGAAGGCAAUGAGCCCGUGGAGCAGUGGAAGGGCACCGUGCUCGAGCAGGUUUCCGUGAAGCCCACUCUCUACAUCGUCAAAUAUGAUGGCAAGGAUAGUGUGUAUGGACUAGAACUACACCGAGAUAAGAGAGUUUUAGCGCUAGAGAUCCUUCCUGAGAGAGUGCCAACUCCUCGCAUCGAUUCUCGCCUGGCAGAUUCCCUGAUUGGCAAAGCAGUGGGGCAUGUGUUUGAGGGUGAGCACGGUAGGAAAGAUGAAUGGAAGGGCAUGGUCCUGGCGCGAGCUCCGGUGAUGGACACUUGGUUUUAUAUCACUUACGAGAAAGAUCCGGUCCUUUAUAUGUAUACGCUGCUGGAUGACUACAAAGAUGGUGACCUGCGCAUCAUUCCAGAUUCCAACUACUACUUCCCUACAGCAGAACGAGAGCCUGGAGAAGUGGUCGACAGCCUCGUGGGCAAACAAGUGGAGCACGCCAAAGAUGACGGGUCCAAGAGAACCGGCAUUUUCAUCCAUCAAGUGGUGGCCAAGCCGUCCGUCUACUUCAUUAAGUUUGAUGAUGAUAUUCACAUUUAUGUCUAUGGUUUGGUGAAAACCCCCUAAAUUGAUUGUGCUCUUUGCAAAAGUUGUGGAACUAUUAAAUGUAAAAUAUGUCGUGUUCUCGUUAUUGUGAACUUGUGAGAACAGUUUUGGUGUCACAGAUUCAAGAAUUUAUUAUUACUUAUUGUGCCUCCAAAUCUUACAUUCACUAGUUCCACAGUUUUGCCCCAAGUGUACUUUGGUACUUUUGAUAUUGCCUUGUUCUGUAAUUGAAAAUUUAAAUUGGUGCUAAUAGAAAAUUGAAAAGUGUUCGCAACCAUUGGAACAAAGAAAAACUAGAUAAAGAAAAAUUAAUGUUGUAACCCCACACCAUGUCCUUUCUCCUAUUUCCUUACCUUCCCUCUUUCUUCCCAGGUAACAAGUGUUAAGAACAUGAUGUAUACCCUUCCACGUUUUCCCCAUCCUCUUACAGAAAGUUUGUUGUGGUCAUUUCUGUGAAAAUGACAAGCCACAUUAUUUCUCUGUAAUUGCUUUUCUCACUUGGUGUAUCCAUGACAACCCUUCUGAUCAGUAGCUGCAGAUGCCUCUCCCUCUCCCUCUCCCCCUCCCCCGCCUCUCUUCUCCUCCUCUCCCUCUGGGAUUUAUUUUUAUAUAUGGUAUAAGAUAGAGGUGCAACUAAACAUUUUGUUCAUAUUGGGUACCUAAUUUUGCCAUCAUAUUUAUUAAAUAAAUCACCCAUCUCCUCUCUUCCUCUCCCUCUCUUUCUCCCUCUCCUCCUCCCUCCCCAUAACAGCUGCAUACACAGUACAUGUUUAUGUACCAAAAAGAUAUUCAGCCAUUCCAUUAUUGAUGGUCAUUUAAGUUAUUUCCUUUCCUUGUUGCACCAUAACACUGCUGCAAUACAUAUUGGUGCUUUUAUAUCUAUAGGAUGGGUUCCCAGAAAUGGGAUUGCUAGGUAGAUGUAUAUUUAAUUUUAAGAGAUAUUACAUAAUUACCAUCCAAAAUGAAAGUGUUCAUUUUCCGGCA